UAGAUAAAACCCGACUCUAAAACCCUCAUUUACACACACUCACUUACCAAUUACCAUCAAAGGGGGUUUAGUAAAACUAUGUCUGCUGCUACCUCCACUAUGUCCAGAAAUUCUCAAUUGUUUCGCUCUCUCCUUCGCUUCAAUCUUCAUCAAUGGAGGUCUUUCUCUUCCUCUACUUCUUCUCAUUCUCCUUCUUAUUCAUCUCAUCUCCCUUCCUCUUUCUGGCACCGUUCUCUUCCUUUUCUUAAUACGGUGAUUUUGCGAGAUCAGGAUUUUAAAACCUCGAGAUUAUAUAAAAGAUAUUUUUCUACUGCUUCCUCAUCUUCUGGAGGUAGUUCUUCGAAUGUUGAUGCUCAGAAUUCAGAAGCGAAGAAUUCUUCGGAUUCUAAUUCCGGUGAUGGUGCGAAAUCUGAAGGCUCGCAACAAUCUGGUGAUGCCGGUAAAUCGAUUCGAGGAUCGCCUGUUUCAUGGAUGAGCCUCUUUUUGUUACUUGUUACGGGAGCAGGGAUCAUAUACUACUAUGACCAGGAAAAGAAGCGGCAUAUUGAAGAGAUAAGCAAUGCAUCAAAUGCAGUGAGACAGGGACCUUCUGUAGGACAAGCAGCUAUCGGGGGGCCGUUCAACCUUAUAAGCCAUGAAGGAAAGAGGAUGACUGAUAAAGAUUUUCUGGGUAAAUGGACGGUGAUUUAUUUUGGCUUUACUCAUUGCCCUGAUAUUUGCCCUGAUGAGCUCCAAAAGCUUGCUGCUGCUGUUGAUAAGAUAAAAGAAAAAUCGGGGAUUGAGAUUGUGCCAGUUUUCAUCUCUGUUGAUCCUGAAAGAGACACGGUCGAGCAAGUCAGUGAUUAUGUGCAAGAGUUCCACCCAAAAUUGAUUGGAUUAACUGGUGAUCCAGAAGAGAUUAGGAAAGUUGCUCGUGCAUACAGAGUGUAUUAUAUGAAGACAAUGGAGGAAGGCUCAGAUUAUCUUGUUGACCACUCUAUAGUCAUGUACCUAAUGAGCCCUAAAAUGGAGUUCGUGAAAUUCUUUGGAAAGAACAAUGAUGUUGAUGGACUUGUCAACGGUAUGAUCAAAGAGAUAAUUUUGCACAAGAAAUAGUCAUUUACAAAAUUGGAGGCAUUUGUUCAUCUUGGUAGUGAUCUGCAAUCUGGAUAAAUUUUGAUAAAUAAUGUUAAUGUUGCUGAUAUGGCAUAUGAUACUUAAAAGUAGAACAGCUGCAAAAUGAUUGAUUUGGUGUCAUUUAGUUUUUCUACUUUGCACAAACUGACAUGAAGGGAGCAUUUCAAAAACCUCCCCAAUUACACAAUUUUGGUUAGGAUAUUGUUUCUUUGUUGCA